UGAUACAUCCAUGAUUUGUAAUUUCAUUCUGCAGGUACUAAACAAUAUCGUCUGUUAGAAUGUGAUCCCUUUAAUUCCACUGCAGAUCUUAAGUUUCAAGUUGACUUUAAUUGUUCUUAAAAAAAAAAAACAACAUGAAUUUACUUUUCAGUCUCAUAAUGGGAAGUUUACGCUGGCAGAAAAACGUAUUUUGUGUUUGUGCUUUGAUUUACUAUUUGCUUUUAGUUCCAAGCCUCCAAAACUUCACAGACAGCAUUUAUGAGGAUAUCAUUUUCUACACUAACCAAUCCACAUGGAAAAGAACCCCAAAAACCGACCCCGUACAUGUACGGAGACCUCAAGAUCAUCAGUGACAAGAAGGUGAAACCCCAAAGACCUGAACUGUUUCAAGUCUAUUGGUCACUGAAUGAGACUCUUAGUGUGCUCUAUGAUCCGAAGUACAAGGACGUGCCAGGAGCCAUAUUCCUCAAGAAGAUCUGGGAGGAUGCGACCAUACCCAAGAAGGUCUACUACCGCAGCACUCGAAGACCCAAAACCUCCACGGUACCCUACUGGUACUGGGAACAACCGGUCAAGAAACUCCCUGGACGCCAAAACCCUUUCAUACUGGUGGAGGGCACAGAGAGACAUUUGAAACGCUAUCUGAUGAAGAGGAUAAUGAAGAACACCGGCUGUACGCGGGUGCGCACCAUCCCUAAGAGCACAUACAAGCUGAGGAGACAGUUCGAGGGAGCAUCACUUCUACCGCUCAAGCGAGUAUUUGUCACCUUACAGUUCUAUCUGGCCGCACUGGACGCAGAGCGAAUCUUGGAGACAGAACCUGUCAUCAUGUCAGGACUAUGGCUGAACCACGCAGCAGAGUAUCUCGCGAGGAAGUACACUAACAGUUCUCAGCUGCCGGCGCCAGGAGACCCGUGUUACCAGUGGCCUGCAGACCUGCUCAAGCCUGACAUCACCUUCUACCUGCAGGUUCCUAGGAUCGUCAAAAGGGGUGGCCUGGACGAGGCUCACAGAUACCUAAGGGUGGUGGAAGUGGUCAAAAGGAUGGAUCCACCGGUAGUUAUGCUGAAUGAGACGUUCUGUAACGCUACUCUGCCCAAUGUGAUCCGCCUUCGUCACCUCAUGAAAGACAUGAUCGGAGAGAGGUUUCCGCACAUCAGAUUCACCAACCCCAAUGCUAUCUGAGCAGCACCAUAGCCGCAACUUAUUAUUUUCGUUAUUGUUAACUAUUUUGUAAAUAAAUUUUGUAUGCUGAGAA